GUAAAUGGACUCACAUUAUCAGUAGUCUGAAUUUCGUGUUUUUAAUCGCUGCAAUUUCUUUCUGGAGUUGUUGUGCUUCUUUCUCAAUCAUUUUACUUUUUUUGCAAUAGGAGGACCGUCGAGGCUGCUGAUAAGUUUGUAGGAAAGUUACUUUUUCAUCAUAUAAGGCGAUUUUUCUAAAGGAUGUUAACAUGAGAAGACGCAGCAACAGCAGUCUUGACUGGUUUUAUUGAGAUACGUUUGGACUGCUGAAGUUUCGGGUCACCUCAGGCAGAUAUAUCACUUCCUCACCGGGACUUGUGUUUUGCGCGUCGACAUCAGCUGUCGGUUAUCUAUUUUGUGAAUGGCAGUUUGUCUGCCGUUGCUCAAAUGAAAACGGACUUUGGUCAGUAGCCGAAUCACCUGUUGUUGCCUCAAGCUUCUUGGUUUUGCCUGCAAACAGACAGUUGUUUCAGUGAGCAGUGCUGCUGCGCCAGAGUCCAGCUGUUGUCCUGAAGGCAGAGCUCUAAUGGUAGCAGCUAGAAAACAUCACCUGUGAGAGGAUUGAACCACCUCACCAUGACAGAGGUCCAGACUCCAUGGCCACAGGGCACAGAGUGUGUGGCCAGGUACAACUUCACAGGCACAUCAGAACAGGACUUGCCCUUUAACAAAGGAGAUGUGCUAACUAUUGUUAUUGUCACAAAGGAUCCAAACUGGUACAAAGCUAAAAAUGCUGCAGGUCGCGAGGGAACCAUUCCAGCCAACUAUGUUAUGAAAAGAGAAGGUGUGAAAUCUGGAGGCAAGCUGAGUCUAAUGCCAUGGUUUCAUGGGAAGAUAACGCGGGAGCAGGCAGAGCAGUUGCUUUGCCCUCCUGAAACAGGCCUGUUCUUGGUGCGAGAGAGUACCAACUUCCCCGGCGACUACACCCUGUGUGUGAGCUGCGACAGCAAGGUGGAGCACUAUCGCAUCAUCUACCACAAAGGCAAGCUCACAAUCGAUGACGAGGGCUACUUUGAAAACCUAAUGCAGCUGGUUGAGCACUACACCAAAGAUGCCGAUGGCCUGUGCACCAGACUGAAAAAGCCGAAGGUGGAAGAGGGGACGGUGGCAGCUCAGGAUGAGUUUUCCAAGGGUGGCUGGUCGAUGAGCAGAAAAGACCUCAAGCUGCAGCAGGUUAUUGGGAAAGGAGAGUUUGGAGAUGUCAUGGUGGGAGACUACAGAGGGACUAAAGUAGCUGUGAAGUGCAUAAAAAAUGAUGCAACUGCACAGGCCUUUAUUGCAGAGGCUUCUGUCAUGACGCAACUACGGCACGAUAACCUGGUGCAGCUGCUUGGAGUGAUUGUAGAGGAGAAUGGGAGUCUGUAUAUAGUUACUGAGUACAUGGCCAAGGGCUGUUUGGUUGACUACUUACGUUCCAGAGGCCGGACAGUACUUGGUGGAGAAGCUCUACUUAAUUUUGUACUAGACGUCUGUGAAGCCAUGGCGUACCUAGAAACAAAUAACUUUGUCCACCGAGACUUAGCAGCUCGCAACGUUCUUGUGUCAGAAGACAACAUAGCCAAAGUCAGUGACUUUGGUCUGACCAAGCAGGCCUCUUCCUCUCAGGACACUGCCAAGCUGCCUGUGAAGUGGACAUCCCCAGAGGCCCUUAGAGAAAAGAAAUUUUCCACCAAAUCUGAUGUUUGGAGCUACGGUAUUUUGCUUUGGGAGAUUUACUCUUUUGGCCGAGUGCCUUACCCAAGAAUUCCAUUAAAAGACGUUGUGCCUCGCGUGGAGAAGGGAUACAAAAUGGAUUGUCCAGAUGGCUGUCCUGAAGUGGUGUACAACAUCAUGAAACAGUGCUGGAACUUGGAUCCUGCUGCUCGACCAAGCUUUCAAAUGUUGAAGGAGUGGCUACAACAUAUCAGACAAGGGAUGGGGAAAAAACAAUGAAACAUCUGACAGAACAGACACAAAAAGUGACUUUCUCCUUCUUUCAUUUUGACCACUGGACCAUAACCUAGGAGGAAAAACUUGAUUUCAAAGGACUUUUUUAUUUUUGCAAAGUUCACAACAGUCUGCUUUCACACAAUGUCCAUGAACCGUUAAUUAAAACUGUCAAUGUUUGUUUCUUAGCGUCAUCCCUCACCUUGGGAUGUUUAAAUGCAGUAACUUUUAAUUACUGGCUCAUUCGCUCCCGUGAGUAUUUCUGUGCUCGGUUAUCAAGAGUAAAUGAUUUACUGUCAUAUCAACAAUUCUUUCCUUGGAACACAGUGCUGCCUCAGAGCGACAAUGCCUUGACCUAUUUAAAAAAUAGAUGUCUUACGUCCUUUAUGUUGACAUACUUGGUCAUUUUUAUUGCAUAAUUACAUUUUAUGAACAUGUAUAGUAAGACGUAACCUAAUUCGACUAAGUUGACUGAAACCAUGGUAUCCAUUUAAAGAGGAGAGUUGCUUUAAAAGUAGGAAUACAGUUUUAAUACGUCAUUACUUGCUGUAUUUUUUUUUAUUAUUUUUUUUUCUUUUUACAGUUUCCAGGUACAUCUUUUUGCAUAAAAGUUUAAUUAUUUUGUUAAAAGAACUAAGUUAUAACUAUAAUUAGGCAGUUUUAUUUUUUCAUUGCAAUAUAAUUUUAAAUGAGCUUGAAUCCCUCUAUAAGUCAAAAAGGUCUGGACAAAUUCCAUGUUUUAUAUUUAUAUAAUAACACCAUUCAGCAUUUCAUGUAGACAUCAUUCCAGUGUACAGAAUUUUCCAUCCAACAUCAAUAAAUGUUUUCUUUUGGGAA